GGCGAAGGCGGCGGCUGCUGCGUUGGUCCCGGGUAGCGCAGCGCCGGCGGACCCGAGGAGAUGGCUUCCUGGAGCUCGCCUUCGCCUAGCCUCGUAGAAUAUUUUGAGAGCCAGUCCGCCUUCCACUGUGGCUACUGCAAGAGUAGCUCGGGCAGUGUCUCCACUGGCAUGUGGGCACAUUCCAUGACAGUGCAAGAUUAUCAGGAUCUUAUAGACCGAGGAUGGAGAAGAAGCGGGAAGUAUGUGUACAAGCCUAUCAUGAAUCAAACAUGCUGUCCCCAGUAUACAAUAAGGUGUCGUUCUUUACACUUUCAGCCAUCGAAGUCUCACAAGAAAGUUUUGAAAAAAAUGCUGAAAUUUCUGGCUAAAGGAGAGAUUUCAAAAGGCAAUUGUGAGGAUGAGCCUAUGGAUUCUACGAUGGAGGAUGCUGUUGCUGGUGAUUUUGCAUUAAUGAACAAGUUGGAUAUAAAAUGUGAUCUUAAAGCACUCAGUAGUGACCUCAAAGUAAGCAUGGAGAGUGAAGAGAAGAAGAAAGAAGGAGCUCAAGAGUUAAUUCAUCCAGAAGCCAUAGAGGAGAAGCUGGGCUCUGGUGAACCAUCGCGUUCCAUCAAAGUUCACGUUGGUCCUCAGCCAGGUAAAGGGGCUGAUCUGAGUAAGCCUCCAUGUCGAAAAGCAAAGGAAAUGCGAAAAGAAAGGAAAAGGUUAAAACUCAUGCAGCAGAACUCAGCUGGAGCCUUUGAGGGUUUCCAGGCUCAAGGUCAGCCAGUAUCUUUACCGAAGGCUAAACCUAACCAGCCCAAGUCACUUGAAGAUUUGAUUUUUGAAUCUUUACCAGAGAAUGCAUCACACAAGUUAGAGGUGAGGGUGGUGAGAUCUUCUCCACCCAGUCCUCAGUUCAAAGCCACAUUUCAGGAGUCUUACCAGGUCUAUAAGCGUUACCAGAUGAUUAUUCACAAGGAUCCUCCUGAUAAACCAACAGUGAGCCAGGUGAGGCUAGUACCUGCCUCCUUUGAGGACCCAGAGUUCAAGUCAUCCUUCAACCAGUCCUUUUCUUUAUAUGCCAAGUAUCAAAUGAUCGUACACCAGGAUUCACCUAUUGAAUGUGGAAAGUCUGAGUUCACAAGAUUCCUUUGCAACUCGCCAUUGGAGGCAGAACACUCUCCUAAUGGACCAGAGUGUGGUUAUGGCUCCUUUCACCAGCAGUACUGGCUCGAUGGGAAGAUCAUUGCUGUGGGAGUGAUAGACAUCCUCCCAUACUGUGUGUCUUCUGUGUAUCUGUACUAUGAUCCUGAUUAUUCAUUUCUGUCUUUGGGUGUCUAUUCAGCAUUAAGAGAAAUUGCUUUCACUAGACAACUGCAUGAGAAAACAUCACAACUCAGCUAUUAUUAUAUGGGUUUCUACAUUCAUUCCUGUCCCAAGAUGAGAUACAAGGGUCAAUAUAGGCCUUCUGAUUUGCUGUGUCCUGAGACGUAUAUCUGGGUACCCAUUGAGCAGUGCCUGCCUUCUCUUGACAACUCCAAGUACUGCCGUUUGAACCAGGACCCGCAAGCAGAGGAUGAAGGACGUUGUAAGAACCUUGACCGAGUACGGGUAUUUUACAAACGAUCGGCCAUGCCUUUUGGGGUUUUUAAGAACCAGCAAGAUGACCCAAAUGAGGAGCCUGUUGUGCUGGAGUAUGCAAACCUUGUGGGGCAGAAGUGCUCGGAGAGGAUGCUGCUGUUCAGAAACUGAAGGACUGCGCCACCGCCCAGCACCCGCCCAGGCUCUCCUGCCACAGUCCUGCCUCUGGCUUGGCUCCUGUAGCCUUUCACCAAGUACAUUCAUAGAGCUUUUAAAUAAUAUUUUGUGGUAUUGUAUUUAUGGGAAUCUUGUGGUCUAUAUAAAGAUUUUAAAAUACUCUUAUGAUCUAGUCCUUUAAUCGGGACCUGUUCUUUUGGAGCCUGCUUCUGGAGCAAAGUGUGCUAAAAUGUCUCCAGUAAAUAUUUUGGGAAGGAAAGUGAAGAAGUGAAUCAAAGUAAUUUCCUCACAGUUACUGUUUUUGUCUUGGAGAAAUUCUAACACAGACUGUUAGCUUUAGACCAGUGGUUUUCAACCUGUGGAUCUGCAUAUCUGAUUCCUUACAGUUCAUAACAGCAGCAAAAUUACAGGUCUGAAGUAGCAACAAAAUAAUUUUAUGGCCGAGGGGGUCACCACAACCUGAGGAACUUUAUUAAGGGAUCGCAGCAUUAGGAAGGGUGAGGGCCAUGCAAGACAUUAGCUUAUGCUGAGAAAUUUAGGUGGGGUCAAAGGUGAAGAGCACGUUCCAUCACCAGGAAAUGUGCCUUCCCCACAAACCGAAACUCUGUUACUCUGUUUGAUAUUAAAUUCUGCCAGUGU